AUGCUACGACUGCGAAAAGCAGCGAUAGUUUGGAAUCGGAAAAAUAGAGAGCUUCCAUAUUUGCAAAAGAAAGAUGUGAAUUCUUUCGCGAGCGAGGAGGAGUUUCAGGAUGCUACGGACAUUGCGACUUUGAGAAAAGCGAAACCAGAGUUGUACCAUUUUGAACAAGUCGUGCCUUACGGAUCCAGAGUGCUGCCGAAUGACAAGUUUAAAUUCUUGGUCAAUCCGGUCAAGUGGGAAAGUCACGAAGAAUACUACAGAGCAGCGCUUGAUGCAAGAGAAGAAGAACUCGAAAGCUACCAUCCAGCUGACUGGGACUUUGAUUAUGACCACCGAAUCACUUGGUUUGGCAUGGAAAAGCUAGAGGAAGAAGGCGCUGCUGACAAACAGUCUUGGCAGAUAUUCCCAAAAAGCGAAGUUGAAAAAGUUAACAUUGGAUUUUAUCUUCCUGAACCCAAUCCUGUCGAAGUUGAAGAGCCUUCCAAGGAGAAAAGAAUCGCGAUGAAAAAGGACAUUCUUCUUGGGCAGCUAAAAGUCGACGAGGGAAAAAUCAACUCGGCGUUUUUCGAUAAUUUUACUAAUAUGACGACGGAAAAUCUAAUCGGAGCUAUCGAUACGGCACAGGAACAUUAUAACAUUCUUCAGGAUCAAUUUGGAAAUGGUCGAUUUUGCUCCGUGGUUCCUUUUGAAGUUUCUUGGGGAAAGAUGGUGAGCUUUUGGGGCAAUGAAAUCCCAGCUGAAGACAUGAAGGAAGCACCAGAGUUCAAGCUCAAGCAUGCUGAGGGAUCUCUUUACACUGUCGUUAUUUCUUCGUUAGACAGUAACUUUAUCGAAAACGAUGGUUCUACGCCAGAAAUCCUUCACUACGCCGUUUCAAACGUCAAUGAAUCCACUUCUGGCGAUGUUCUUUGCGAUUACCUCCCUCCCAUUCCGGCGAAAGGCUCUGGCUACCAUCGACUUGUGUGUACCGUUUACCAUCAUACAGAGAGAUUAGAGAUCCCAGCUAUCGACGGAUCAUUAAUUUCCAAUCGUCAAUUUUCUUCAGCGCAGUUUUUAAAAGAUAACGAAGAAAUUCUGACUCCUGCUGCUUUCCGCUUCUCACAAGUUCAAUGGGAUUCAAGCGUGAGCGAAACCUUUUCAAAAAUCCUCGAAAUGCCGGAGCCAAAAUUCGCUUACGAAGCGCGGGAGGAAUUCCCACUUUCCAGGCCCGCAGGCUUACCCAGCGGUAUCGAAAUGCCCGUCAUCAAAUCUUGGUACCCGAAAGAGCCCAAAUACCCGCGAAGAAUGGAGAGACAACCUAUUAAACCAAAACUGCGACAAAUUAAUUAUUUAUAUGAUCUGAAUAACCAUCACGGAAUGUUUGAUAAUAAAUAG